AUGGACACACGUUAUUAUAAAAGAAUUUAUUCAAUGUUUUGGCAAUCUACUGUUAACAUGAACGUUUAUAAAUACAUCUAACGAUUUCGUAUUACGUAGCAUAACUAAUUUGUACGCAAUGCAAGGACUUGGUUUGCAAAGUAUAAAAAAAAAUCCAGCUCUUAUUCCGCUUUAUGUUUGCGUUGCAGCAGGGGCCUGCGGAGCGGUCUAUUACAUUCUUCGUUUAGCAACUAGAAAUCCGGAUGUCACAUGGAAUCGGUCAUCAAAUCCGGAGCCUUGGCAAGAAUACAAAGACAAGCAAUAUAAAUUUUAUUCGCCUAUCAGGGACUAUAGCAAAACGAAGUCUCCGGCUCCAAAUUAUGAGAACUAGGAAGUAUCUUAAAUUUUCUCUAAAUGGAAACAUUUUUCAAAGCAAUGUUACAUAAAUAAUUGUUCCCGAAAGAGAACAAAAAUAUAACAACAUAAAGACCACAAAAUAUCCGUUAUAAAAAAAAGUGUAUGUUUUUUUUAUUAAGAAAAAGCUUCAGUUUUUGAAAAAUUUUAA